AUGCCAGGGGAGUUGUUGGCGCCAUGCCCCUGUCGCGGCAGCCUGCGCUUUGCGCACCUCGAGUGCUUGAAGAAGGAAUUCCUAGCCCGAAGAGAAUGGACGCAACUGACAUGCUCGAUCUGCAAGAAUGAGUAUGUGGCGCCGGCGGUCUUGGAUUUGGCACGCCUGGCACUGGAAUGGGCUGAGGCGGAUUGGGGUCCCAAGAACGUGGGCACCCUGAUCUGUGCGGACCACCUGGGCCGCGUGCUGAGCGCCGCGGGGCAGCUCGAGGCGGCCGAGGUCUUGCUGCGACGCGCGGUGACCGGUUUGGAGGAGGUGGUGGGCGCGGAGCAUGCGGAGACGUUGAUCGCGCGAUCCAACCUGGGAAUGCUCUUGAACAGCCGAGGGCAGUUUCAAGAAGCAGAGACACAGGUCCGCCGCGCGUGGGAAGGCAGCCGAAGCCGGUCAGGCCCCAGCAACGCCGAGACUCUCGUCUUUGGCAUGAACCUGGCAGUGGUGCUUCGAGAACUCAACCGGCCUCGGGAGGCGGAGCCCCUGCUGCGGGAAGCGUUGCAAGGCUUGGAUGAGGUGAAGGGGAAACAACACCCAGACACGUUGGCGGCUGCCAGCCAUUUGAGCGGCCUGCUGCUGCAUUUGCGUGAAGAUCUGGGGGAAGCAGAACCCUUGGCCCGACGUGCUUGGGAGGGCAGCCUCCGACACUUUGGCCCGGACCAUCCGCGAUCGCUGUGUGCCAGUGCAGACCUGGGCCUCUUGUUGCUAGCCCGCGAGCGGCCGAAGGAGGGUGAGACCUUGCUGAGAUCCGCCUUGGAGGGCUUCCAGAAGCAGUUGGGUGAGAGUCAUCCCCAGGUGCUCUCCACAGCCGCUGACCUGGGCACCGCGCUCUACUCCGCGGGGCGAAAGGAAGAGGCGCUGAUCCCACUGCGCUUGGCCCUGGAGGGCCGUCGGAAGCUGCUGGGCCCCGAGCACCUGCGGAGCUUGGCCUCGGCGCACAACCUGGGCGACGCCCGGCGCGGUGGAGGGGAACGGCGGGAGGCGGUGGAGGGCGGAAAGGUGGCCUUGGCGGAUUUGCACGAAAUCGACGAGGCCAAGAAGCUCUUGCAGGCCUCUUGGCAGGGCCGCGCUCAAAAGCUGGGCGCGACCCACUUCCGCACCAUGGCCUCGGGGAAGCGUCUCUUACCCUUGCUACAGGGGGACGAAGAAGCCCUGGCGGCCCAAGUGCUUCGGAGUCUCUGGGAGGGCGAGACGGUCAACCUGGGCGCCUCUCACCCACGAGCAGUCCAGGCUGCAAGAAGACUGGCACAGUGGCUCGCAAGGCGACAGCUGCUUUUCGAGGCCGAAGCGGUCUUGGCGCAUGCCUUGGCGGAGGCGAACCCGUGGGGCUCUGCAGAGGCAGCUGAGGAGGCUGAAGCAGAAGUAAGUACCUCAGCAGCCAGCGAGGACGGGGCUCCUUCCGAAGAGCGUGCUGCUCGCUUCCUACAGUCCACCUUGCUGGGCUCCUCUUUCAGCCCAGCCACUUGCUUGGCCAAGUUGGCCGCCGCCCAGCGGCGGCCCUCGCCCUGCAAGGUCUUAAGUGCUGACCUACAGGACGAGACUGGUUUGGUGGGCAAACCUCUCCCUGCCGGCAGAAAGCAUUGGCUCAACGCUCGUUGUGCCACAUGCUGCGGUGGUGGACGUGAACGGUCUAUCCCACGGACUCGGAGCGCCCCGGAGGAAGUGCCGCUGGGUCCAUUUCUCUACCUUUUCUGGGUUCAAAAAGCAAGGCUCUCUAUGUCUCUCUACUGUUCCGCCGUUCGGCUCGUGUUUUUUGUGGACAUUUGCCGCAGAUCCGUCGAUCCGACAGAUCCAACACAAGGAUUCGGAAGGAUUCGGAGGUUUGGGUUACAUCCAUCAGCAAAAGAAGACAAUUGA